AUGGGUCUGCUAAGUAGACAGGCUUUCACGGGAGGCCGCAGGCACUUUUCAAAUACCAAGAAUGCUUACAAGAAACUAAACAAGUAUUCUGCUAUCAUCACUGAACCUAAGGACCAGGGUGCAUCUCAAGCGAUGCUUUACGCUACUGGUUUCAAGAAGGAUGAUUUUUCAAAGGCCCAAGUUGGUGUUGGGUCCUGUUGGUGGUCUGGUAACCCUUGUAAUAUGCACUUGCUAGAUUUUAACCACAGAAUCACUGCUUCUGUUGAGAAAGCCGGUUUGAAAGGUAUGCAAUUCAACACCAUCGGUGUUUCUGAUGGUAUUUCUAUGGGUACCAAGGGUAUGCGUUACUCCCUACAAAGUAGAGAGAUUAUUGCCGAUUCUUUUGAGACCAUUAUGAUGGCUCAACAUUAUGACGCCAAUAUUGCAAUUCCAUCAUGUGACAAGAACAUGCCCGGUGUCCUGAUGGCCAUGGGUAGACACAACAGACCCUCCAUUAUGGUCUAUGGUGGUACUAUCUUGCCAGGUCACCCCACUUGCGGCUCUAGUAAGGUUCCUCACAACAUUGAUGUUGUUUCUGCUUUCCAGUCCUACGGUCAGUACUUGUCUAAAGAGUUCACUGAAAAGGAGCGUGAGGACGUUGUUGAACACGCCUGUCCUGGUCCAGGUUCUUGUGGUGGUAUGUACACUGCCAACACCAUGGCUUCUGCCGCUGAGGUUUUGGGUAUGACUAUGCCAAACUCUUCGUCAUUCCCUGCUGUCUCAAAGGAGAAAUUAGCCGAGUGUGACAAUAUUGGUGAGGCCAUCAAGAAGACUCUUGAGCUCGGAAUUACCCCUCGUGAUGUCAUGACCAAGGAAGCUUUCGAGAACGCUAUUACAUACGUUGUUGCCACUGGUGGAUCUACCAACGCCGUUCUGCAUCUUGUUGCAAUCGCCCACUCUGUUGGUGUCAAAGUUACACCUGACGACUUCCAACGUAUCAGUGAUAGAACUCCAUUGUUGGGUGACUUCAAACCUUCCGGUAAGUACGUCAUGGCUGACUUGAUCAAGAUCGGUGGUACUCAAGCAGUAAUCAAGUUUUUGUACAACGAAGGAUUCUUGAAGGGUAACACCAUGACCGUUACUGGUGAAACUCUAGAAGAGCGUGCCACCAAGAGUAUUUCUUUAGCUGAAGGUCAAGACAUCAUCAGACCGGUUUCAAACCCAAUCAAGCCACAAGGUCACUUGCAAAUCUUGUACGGUUCCUUGGCUCCAGGUGGUUCCGUCGGCAAAAUUACCGGUAAGGAAGGUACGUACUUCAAGGGUAAAGCUCGCGUUUUCGAUUACGAAGAUGCCUUUAUCCACGCUUUGGAAAAGGGUGAAAUCAAGAAGGGUGAAAAGACCGUUGUCGUCAUCAGAUAUGAGGGUCCUAGAGGUGGUCCAGGUAUGCCUGAAAUGUUGAAACCAUCAUCUGCUCUUAUGGGUUACGGUUUGGGUAAGGAUGUUGCUCUUUUGACUGAUGGUAGAUUCUCUGGUGGUUCUCAUGGUUUUUUGAUUGGUCAUAUCGUUCCUGAGGCUGCUGAAGGUGGUCCAAUUGGUCUAGUUCAAGAUGGUGACGAGAUUAUCAUUGACGCCAAUAACAACAAGAUCGAUCUAAUUGUGACUCCAGAAGAGCUAGCUCAGCGUAAAUCACAAUGGAAGGCUCCUGCUCCUCGCUACACGAGAGGUACCUUGUCAAAGUACUCUAAGUUGGUCUCCGACGCAUCUCAAGGUUGUGUUCUAGACGCUGACAACUGA